UCUACACAACAUUUCCUUUCCUAUUCCCUCUCGCCUUUUACCGCUCUACAUAUGUUGUCCACGUUGCCUGGACGUUGCGAAUUGCGGUCGAAGUGAUCACUGACGAGUGACAAUAUUCAAUUGCCCGAGUGUCCGUAUGUUGGAUUGUUAAAAAGUCAAUGAAAAGAGCUACUCGUUUUUUUGUUUAAAUUCAGAAUUUAUAUGUGAUGGACGACGAAAUAAUAGACGUGAUCACCGAAUGUAGUUUCGAUUAUUUGGAAUCCCUGUAUGAACCGUGGAACAAAAUCAACUCAACGUCAUAUAACCCAAUUAGUCCUCAAUGGUUGAUUCAAUUGGCAGACGAUUGGAACUCUGAACAUAGCGUUCGUAAAGAUGAUUCAAGGAAAUUGAAAAAACGUCUGUCAGAAGAUGUUUGCGAUGAGUCAAAAUAUCGUGAAAUUCUCAAUAAAUAUAAAGAAAAUGAUGUAUUUGUACUACCAAAUGGUGAAGAAAUAGUUAGGGUUCGUAAUGAUUCCAGUUCUGAUUCGGAAAUUGAUAUCAUGGAUGGAGAGACCAUUAAUAAUGUUGUUGAGGAUUGGCAAUCAGUUUUGUCACAUGGUUUUACAAGAGAUAUUGAACACAUACCAGCACCCACCCAAGAAAGACAUGUAGAAAGUAAUAUUAUAACUGCAGAUGAAAGAUAUUAUCAUCCAAACUUAUUUGGGAAAAAAGAUGAUAAAAAAUAUUUAAAAGUAAGAAAUACUAUAUUAGAUUUAUGGAAAGCAAAUAAGCCAUGUUAUGUAUCUAAAACAUUUGCUAAGCAAAAAAUGAAAAAGUGUGGUACAGCAAAAGAAAUUGGACAGGUACAUUCAUAUCUUGAACAUAGAGGCUACAUUAAUUUUGGAUGUGAUGAAUGUAAAUAUCAUAAAAAUAUUAAAAAAGAAUUAGUUAAAGCCAGAAUAUUGAAAACUCAAUAUAAUUUAAAACCACCUCUUCUUCAUGGAAAAAACAAAUCUUUUAAAAAAGUAAAAGCAAUGGGUGGUUACACAAUAUGCCACGAUAAAACUUCAUCUCAGUGGGAGCAUAAUUAUUCAGUUCCCAAACAAAAGAAACGUUAACUAAAAAAAUUAUUGUAUAAAAAAGCAUUUUGGCUGUGAAUGGGUUACAUUUUGGUGAUUGUUCAAGUACUAAAUAAUAUGUAUUAGUUUUUUUCAUAUUAGAGGUAAAUUAAUGUAAACAGAAUAAUUAUCAAAAAUAGUGACCCAUAUUCUAAACUUAUUUGUAAAUAGCUAAUGUUAUAAGUUAUGUAACCUGUUUGCUACAAUUGAUGACUAUUGUUUUUAUUGUUAAACCAUUUCAAACAAUUUUUACAAACUCAUAUAGUAUAAAAUAACUGAGUGUCUGAGUAUAAUAACUUCUAUUAAUUGUGUAAUAGUUAUUAUUGGAAAAUUGACUAUUUUUAUUAUCUUAAAAAAUAUUUUUUUUUAUUUAAUACAUUUAG